AUUCUUUUAGUAAUAAUGGACCAUCCGAGGAUUCAAAAAUUUCAAAGAUUAUCAGAAAAAUAGUAAAUGAGGAAGAUACUAGAACACUUAUAAUGUUAUGCAAUCAACUUCAAGAAGUAUUUGUUUUGCCUGAGAAUAAAAAAUAUAUUAGACGCUCUAUUGAUAACAUAGUUGAACACCUUUAUGUAUGUUUCCAYUCAACUAUAAUUUCAUAUAAUGGCAAGUGCACUGUAGCUAAAUGUUUGGGAAAAUUUGGACAUGCUUUACAAUAUGAUUGUAAAAGGUAUAUUGAUUUGAUGUUUAUUAAGUAUAAUUCAGAACGUAGUAAAGAAGUUAAAAUUUUGAUAAUGCUGGCUUUCUAUGAGUUAUCAAUGGCUGAUCAAAAACGGUCUUAUUUGGAAAGUUUGGCAUCG